AUGGGCGGCGGCUACUUCUGUCAUUGCUCUGCUGGAGCUUGUACUUCCAAUCCCUGUUUGAACGGAGGUACCUGUGUGACCUCCAGUCCUACAUCCUAUACAUGUCUCUGCCUUCCUGGGUAUUCAGGGACCACAUGUCAAAUACAAUCUUCAGGUUCCUGUGUGCAGUCGUCAGUCGUUACAAGCAGUGGAAACUUGACUUUCCCACAGACUAGAAACGGACAAACAGCCCAAACUGCUGAGAAUUGCUCGUCGGACACAUUCAGGGCUGGGAUGCCUCUGGCAACAAGAGAAUGUGUCGGAGAUAUGGUGACUGAGGCAGAGUGGCUUGAACCAGUCAUCACUGAUUGCUCCGAAGGUGGAGAUGUUAAUAAUCUUCUUGAUGGCUUGGCUAAUGUGGAAGUCACUCCUGAGAAUAUUGAUGAGAUAGUUAAAGAGACGGUCAGUCUGUCGUUAAAUUACUCUAGUAUCGAUGAGACUGGCAUACAGGCAAUCGCUGAAAUCUUGAACAAUAUCGUCAUGGUUGAAACGGACUCGAUGAACGCUUCACCUGAGAUUGCAGCAGACAUUAUUGAGGUUGUAAGCAAUGUCCAGGAAGUAGACCAGGAGAUGUUUGACAAUCUUGGCAAUGACACCUCGCCUUCUCUCAUCAUACAAGCCCUGGAAACCUACAUCACCGCGCUACAGAUGAGUGGCAACCCAGCCAACAUCACUGAAAUACAGGAUAACAUCGCCGUCAUGGCAGUCGUCAUACCCCAGCAAUCCGUCCAAACUGGACUGGGGUUUGCCUCCAUCACUCAGGGAUCCGGGCUGGGGUCUCUGAAGACGGAGGACAUCUCAAUUUAUUAUGAGCCCAACAGCAUCCCAGUUGCUGAGGUCACAUCGUCAAUCUUGGUGCCUGCUGCAGUAUUAGACUACGUAACACCAGGCGAGACAGUACCCAUCAGCUUCUUCCUGUACCAGACCAGCAAGCUCUUCCGUUCCCUCUCAUUACAGGAGGCAGAGGACCCGGCAAAGUUAUUCCGUCGUGCUGUCGGCAGUCACGUCAUUGCUGCCACCGUUGAGGGAGUCAAUAUUGAGAAUCUCUCAAUGGAUCAGCCUGUCGUCAGUGCAUUCCUCCACCUCAAUGUCAGUGACCCCGAUGAGAUGACCAAUGGGUCCCAGUGCGUCUUCUGGGAUUUCUCGUUGAACGAUGGUUUUGGAGAUUGGUCAAGCGAGGGCUGCAGUAAAGCCCUAGUCAACAACACCAGGACGGUGUGUCACUGUAACCACUUGACGAGCUUUGCUGUGAUUGUGGAUAUCUAUGGCAACCAGGAGAAUGUUGUUUUAAGUAUCAUCAGUAAAAUAGGAUGCGCUAUGUCUGUCAUUGCCCUCGUCAUUACCAUCAUCACGUACCUCUACAUCAAGAAACUUCGCACCAAGCGCCCUCAGAAGAUCUUGAUCUGCUUCUCCUUCUCCCUCUUGGGGCUUUACCUCGUCUUCCUGACCGGUAUCGAAGCUACGAAGCCUGCAGUAGGGUGCACCAUCGUGGCGGUGUUAAUUCAUUUCUUCACUCUAGCUUCAGUUGCCUGGAUGGCCGUAGAAGCCACCAAUAUGUAUCUUCUCUUUGUGAAAGUACUCAACGCCAAUGUGUCACACUUCAUGCUGAUAGCGUCCGUCACUGCCUGGGGUUUGCCACUACUGGUUGUAGUCAUCAUCCUUGCUGUAGACCACACCAAUUACGGAACUGCCGAUUAUUGCUUCCUAAAGCCCGGCAACGCGUUUUACUUCGGCCAGAUCCUCAUCAUUGGGUUUGUACUGCUGUUCAACUUCAUCAUCUUCACUCUGGUCAUGCGCAGGUUGACAUGUUCCCGCAAGGGCCUCAGCUCUACCUCGGACAGGGGAAAUCGGGAGGAGACACUGCGACGUCUCCAGAACGCCGUGAUCAUCUCGGUCCUCCUUGGUCUGACCUGGGUCUUCGGACUCUUGUCUCUCAUCGAGACGGCCAACUUUGUCUUCCAGAUCUUGUUCUGCAUCUUCAAUUCCCUCCAGGGGUUAAUGAUCUUCAUCUUGUUCUGUCUGAGACAGCAGGAGAUUCGCAAAGCUUGGAAGGCUUUCUUUAAAUGCGGAGACGAUCGCCAAGCCAAGUACAGUAAUACAGCAGGCGCCACAAGCAGAGGCAAUACAGAUACUAAAACCAAAAGUACCAUACCACUGACCAAUCAAAGCACUAAUAGCACCAGUUAAAUACUACAAAACAGUGGUCAGGAGCUUUUUCUGGUAGGUGAUUUGUAUUGCUACCCCCUUCUGUCUCCGUGGUUCUGUUGUGUACUAUGUGCCUUAUCAAUGACUUCUUUAUACGGCUGUUUUAUUAAUCACAUUUAUGUAGAUAUUACAACAAUAUAUUGGAAGCCUUAAGUGAUAUGUUUACAUCAAAACACAUGAGGCCAGCAAUCAUUAAAAGAGAUGAGCUAGAGUAAUAGAAACCGUAAC